ACAGAUACGCCAGGACGAUUGUCCCUCCGCAGCCGCCGUAGAUGUGUCUGUCUGACGACAGAGCUGGUAAACUCUUCUCUGGAAUCAAACAUGGCUGGUAAAGGAGGAAAACAAAGUCGUGCUGGCUCAGGCCUUUCAGGGAGAAAGGGUGGUGGUGAACAGGAGGAAGAGGAUCAGCCGCUGCAGGCAGUUUUAAUCGCUGACAGCUUCAACCGGAGGUUUUUCCCUGUGACCAAAGACCAGCCGAGGGUGAGCAGGCAGCCAAGCUAACUGAAUGCUAAUGCUAACUGACUGAUGCCCAUGCUGUGACAGGACUGACCCUGUUUUAUUCAGUGUUAGAGCUACACUCUCAGAGGAGGGAAUCAACAACGCUGAAGUUAGCACUUCAUAUUCGCAGCUUCUGGUUAAGAUGUUGCAGGAAAAGCAAAGGAAACCAGGUCAAUAGAUUAAAUCCUAAACUAGAUUCUCUGGCAAAAUGUGUAGACCUCUGAAAACACAAUAUAAGAAAGGGCGAUUUCACCUCCUGCUUUGGACCUGGACCUGGUCCAGAACCAAACACAUAAUACAUGAAUAAUGAUUGCAAAUGUGCUGUGAAUAGCACCAGUUUACAACAAACUUUUUAUUCUAUUUGCAGAAAAAAAAGAAAACGGGGCAAACUCACUGCUUUUAUGAAUAAGAUGUUAACUUAAGUGUCUUUGAGAAUCAAAGGGCAACUCAUGCUAAAUUACUGCAUACAUGGUCCAUGAUAACAGUAUGAUCAUGAUAAAAUGAUACUGUCAUAUUGAUUAUUUCAUAAUGAUCAGAUAAUGAUACAUAUCUGAUUAAAUUAAGUUCAGACGAUGGUCCAAAAAUGUCAAGUCGAUGUUACUGGUGUCACUGUGAGGAGCUGUAACAUGUUGAUCUCCUGAGUCAAAUUUGUUGAAAGCGCUGUGUCAUUUUUGCCGCAUGUUGUCAACCAUAUAUUAAUUGUAUCCCACAUUUCUGGAAAAUGACAGAUUGUUGCAUUGAUAGUUUUUCUCUCUUCUCAAAGAUAAUAAUGACAUUUGUAUUGUUGCCAUAUCGUAGACUUAUUUGCAGUUCCCGUCCAUUAUUUUGUGCUAGUUUCUCACUCACUUUGCCAAUGAUGACAGGCCCUGCUGCCGCUGGGUAAUGUUGCCAUGAUCGACUACACCCUGGAGUUCCUCACUUCCACCGGGGUGCAGGAAACGUUUGUCUUCUGCUGCUGGAUGGCAAGCAAAAUCAAAGAGCACUUGCUGUAAGUUUCACUGUCAGCAGGUUGUAAAAACUGCAUCCAUGUAUGCUUUUCUGAAUGAAAGCUGAUGAGCUUUCACUGUGUCUAACAGGAAAUCCAAGUGGUGUCGACCCACCUCUCCAAACACAGUCCACAUCAUCACCUCAGACUUGUACAGAUCCUUAGGGGACGUACUCAGGGAUGUUGAUGCAAAGUCACUUGUGCGCUCGGACUUUGUGUUGGUCUAUGGGGAUGUGGUUUCUAAUAUCGACAUCAGUCAGGCACUGCAGGAACACAGGUAAGAAAAAGUCUUCUCCAGAAUGACAGUGCAAGUGAUCCCCAGCUUAAAUGCUAUGUGUAUGUUUGCUUGUGUUCAGGCAUCGUAGAAAGAUGGAAAAGAAUAUCUCAGUGAUGACAAUGAUCUUCAAGGAGUCAUCACCAGGUCACAGGUCUCGCUGUGAUGAAGAUGAUGUCAUUGUCGCCAUGGACAGCAAGAGCAAGCGGAUUUUACACUAUCAGAAGACACAUGGGCUGAAGAAGUUACACUUCCCCAUGGUAACGGUUUAAUGUUUCAUCACGUCUUUUACUCACUCUGGAUUUGGAUAGAUGGAUAACAUCCAGUUUGUUUUGCAGAACAUUUUCCACAGUAGCAGUGACGAGUUUGAAAUCAGACACGACCUGCUGGACUGUCACAUUAGCAUCUGUUCCCCACAGGUUAGUUUCUGCACAGAGGCCGAUGUGAGCAGCGCAUCAUUAUCACUGAUUAACUGUAAGUAACAGGGUUCUUCUAAUCUUACAGGUCGCUGAGCUCUUCACAGACAACUUUGAUUAUCAAACCAGGAAUGACUUUGUCAGAGGGAUAUUGGUCAGCGAAGAGGUAUUUCUGAACGUUCCUCACUUCAAAUUGGAUAAGAAUUAGGUGAUGGUACGACAGCUUUAACACUUUAUUCAUUUUGUCUUGUUUAGAUUCUGGGGAACCAGAUUCACAUGCAUACUACCAAGGACGGUUAUGGUGUCCGAGUGUCCAACCUCCUCAUGUAUGACUCUGUAUCGUCAGACCUCGUACGGCGUUGGGUUUACCCGCUAACGCCUGAAGCAAACUUCAUUGACCAAGAGGGACGCAGCUGCACUUAUUCACGCCACAACGUCUACAGAGGGUCCGGGGUCAGUCUGGGUCAUGGCAGUCAGAUGGUGGAGAAUGUCCUCAUUGGCUGUGACACCAGCAUUGGUGCAAACUGUAACAUUUCAAACAGUGUCAUAGGAAACAAUUGCACCAUUGGUGAGCUCAAUGUCCAGCAGCAUUUUUAACUUGAAAUCUUCUUAUGACUGUGUUUGAUUGUUGGAGAUUAUGCAUUAACUGUGACAAAACAGGUGUUUAAUGGUCCAUCUGUAUUUAUGUCAACAGGUGACAAUGUAAAACUGGACCACGCUUACAUCUGGAAUAACGUUCACAUCGCCAGCAAUGUGAAGAUAAGCCAGUCUGUGGUCUGUGACAAGGCUGAAAUCAAAGAGGGUGUCGAGCUGAAUAAACAGUGUGUCCUCGCAUACAAUGUAAGCUGUUGGUGUUGUUAUCACCAUUUAAUAGUGAUGAAAUGAAUUGAAUUGAAAUGCUCGGCUAUUUCCUGUAUUACAUGUAUCACACUUUUACUUUGCCUCCACUUUUGCUGACAUGUUGAGUGUUGACAACAGGGGACAAUGUGACUUUUCAGCUUUUACAUUUUCACUGAAAUUCACCAUCUUUUGUCCUGUUUUAUAUCCAGAAGUUCAACAGCUUUCAGCUAAAGACUUUCACCUAAAUCAGCUGAUUCUCUAAUUCAUGUAUAAACUGCUUCAUCUCACAACACGACUCCUUCCAACGCUGUCAAAGCAAGGAGGAAUUUAGUGUCUGAAGACAAAUUCACACAUUCUCUCUUAAAAUAUCAAUUAUUCAGCAUUUAUCCACAGGGGGCACCAAAUCAACGCAAACUUAAAGAUCCUUAUAGGGGCUUUAAAUUCAUGCUACAUCAUGUUAUUGAAUGUUUUAUUGUAAAAGUGUUGCUGAUGAGUUCUGAUUAUGUUUUUGGACACUGAAUUUGGAUUCAAUUCCACUUUUUGUAGUGAUCAAAAGCUCAAGUGAUUAUUUGCUGAUUUUUUUUACUGACUUCAUCUCAUCACUCAGUUUGGUCCACAAUUUUUUAAAGGUGGUGAUUGGACCAAACAUUGCUCUACCUGAAAGCACUGUGGUGUCCAUGCACCACCCAGAAGAGGAGGAGGAAGAAGAUGAUGAUGAAUUCCUGAGUGAUGAUGCUGAAGUUGGUCAGAGUAAAGAGAAAACCAAACGGAAAGGUGCGUGGGAAAAUUCUUCUGACAUAAAAAAAACAGCAAUAAAUGUUAAGAUAUUUUUUUAUAUCAAGUGUGUCUUCUUCUGUCCUUCAGCAUUUAACCCUGCCGAGGUCGGAGCGGAGGGGAAAGGCUAUAUCUGGAAGGCCAGCAGUCUGGAUGACUCAGAGGAGGAGGAGCUAUCACAGUGUCUGUGGGGUAGGAGGGCAGCCUAGCUGACAUUUUGAGUUUAUUCUAAGGAUAUCAUGUAGUCAGCGGGUGGUUAUCUGGAUUACAAUCCAAACAGGAUGAUAUGAGACCCAGAUGCAAAACCCACCACUUAACUAUAUAUCAUCCCACUUCAUACUGGGCUAUGAACUAAAGACACAAACAAGUUUAGACUAAAAAAAGGAUCUUAAAGAGAUAUUCCAGCAUACAAUUAAAUUAGGGUCAAACACACCGCAUAACACCCGAGUUAGACACCCCCUCGAGAGAUGAAUGUUGCAGACUGCUUGUUUCUGUACAUUACAGUAAGAACAUUAUGAUCAUUUCUUUAUGGAACUGCAAUCAGACUGAGAUGCUAGGCAGAAGAACUACUGUGUCUGCAGUGCAAAAUGAUUAUUAACAUGAUUAUUACUUCAAGGAAAUGAGCAUUAUUUAUGGCUAUAGAGUGGCUUUUUGGUCGACGUUUGCGCGUGGAGCUAUAGAUCGCUGUGUAUUGCUGUUGUGCAGUUGUUUCUCAAGUUAGUGUAACAAGAGAAGCAAGCAGUCGGCAACACUCAUCUCUCGAAGGGGUGUCUAACUCAGUGUUACCGUGUGUUUGACCCUAACUAAAUUUUACGCAGUAAUAUCAUGUCUGUUUUCUUAGGCCCCUGUCUCUUUGGCUCAGCUUCUAGUGUGUUUUACAUCCCUUUUUUUUAAACACAAAGACUGAUUUGAUAUGAUGUGUGGGAUUGGUCUUCCCCAUUGUUGCCUUUGUUAUUAAGGUUUAAUCAUGGUUGCCAAGUGGUUCUGACCAGUCAGAAUCAAGUGUUUUACACAGCUGGAUGUUGAGUAAGAAAGACAAGAAAUACAUAUAAUUCAGUCAACCAAUCAAUAUUUUUUUCUAUGUUGCGCCAAUUCUUACAGAGCUGGUUUAGGUACCCUUUAUUUUAUUUCCAAAACCCAACAUAGAAAUAUGACAAGAUUAGGUCUUACUGUGGUAAGGUAGGACCCACUCUGAUUUACGGGUAAUUCUUGACCCAGGAAUCUCCCAUGAUGCUGUAGUCCAUAGGUGUUUUUUUCUCUUGUGUCAGGUUUGGUGCUGAACCCUGACCCUGAGAGCGAGAGUGAGGACAGCGAGCCUGACGGUCCUGAUGAUCUGGUGAUCCCCUCCCCUGAGUUGGAUGAUGUCAAAGGUGGGAGCUGUUUAUUGUACUUGGCUGUGGACUGGCUUGACUGCCCUCUGCUGGCAGAAGAGGGGAACACAAACAACACAAACAGUGGUUUAGCCACUCAAGUCUGCUCUGUUUUAGUUCAGCAGCAGGUUGAUGAACUUUGUUAUAUCUCAGGAGACUUUAAGGAAUAUAUUUGUAAUGCUUGACUUUUAAAGGUGUUUUUUAAAUUUUGGAAUAACUCUACUUUUGAUCUUUGAAAAUUGUAGAUAAAGAAGAAGAGCUGUAUUGAUCUCCAAAGGGAAAUUCAAUACAGUGAUUUAAUUUGGUUUAAUUUCCCAACAAUGUUUGAAUGAUUUCUUUGGCAAAAUACUGGGAUUGAAUGACAUAUUUUUGAGAGAAAGUGAAUGAUACCUCAAAUUUAAACCUUGAAGCCAGGGUGCUUCAAGCUUUGAAACCACAUUAAAAAUACAGUAUUUUUACAGGCCUCCUUUAAUUGUUAAAGGAGAUAAGAAUAAGAAUAACUUUAUUUAUCCCAGAAUAUAUAUUCAACUAUGAAAUACAACAUAGUUUUAUUGUGAUCAUGAAAACAACCAAUAAGUAUGUCGUAACUCAGGAUUCUCUGAAUCAAAAACAAGGAUAACUAACUUCUCUGUGUCUCUGUCUUUGAAUCAUUACUAAAUUACUCAUCAUCUGGUUUGUUCUCAGUCUUCCAGAUGGAGGUCUUGGGGACUCUGCAGAGAGGUCUGGAGGAAAAUAUUGGCUGUGACAAUCUGGUUCUUGAGAUCAACUCCCUAAAGUAAGGAAGGACUCAUAAUUCCCCAUAAUUCUUUGCUCUUUCUCUCACAGUGAGCUUUAGUCAGCAUGAAAUCCUCUGUGUCUGCAGGUACGCCUACAACAUCAGUCUGAAGGAGGUGAUGCAGAUUUUGACCAGAGUGGUGCUGGAAUACCCUUACCAGCAGCAGGGCCACCAGAUUACUGCCUCACAAUACGCUUCACUGCUCACACCAGUAAAUAUGCUUUUAAAGUUCACCCAGCUCAUUCAAGUGAAAAUCAAAACAAGUAUUCCCAGUUCAAUUUGUACUUUUUCCUCCUCUCAGUUGAUGAAGAAAUGGGCUCCAGUGUUUAAAAACUAUGUAAAGAGAGCUCAGGACCACCUAGACUGUCUCUCUGCAUUUGAGGAACACUUCCUGGAGCAGGAGAGUCACUGGGCUGCGAUGGCCAAGGUCAGAAUCAGUCAGCUAAACUUUGUCCACAGAUAUCUGCUAGUUUUUUUGAAGGGGCUUCUCCUUUUACAACAUAACAUGAUGGUUUUGAACAUCUUGAAUGUAACUCUGUCGUUUGCUUAGCCUUCAUUAAACCUGCUGUUGUUUCUCCAUGCAGGUCCUGAUGGACAUGUACCAGCUGGAGAUCCUGGAGGAGGAGAUAAUCCUGCGCUGGUUCUCACAGGGAGCCACAACAGAGAAGAGCAGAAAGCUUCGCAAGAACCAGGGGGUAGGUUAUUCAGUCACACACAGCUCAGGGCUUUAGAUUAGAUUAGAUAUAACUUUAUUUAUAUUUUGGGAAGGUUUCCUCAAGGAAAUGAAAGACCACAUGCCAGCUCAACAAGAGUGAGGCAUUUAUGAGUUUGUGCAAGAACCAGUGAAGAUGAAAAACAUUCAACUGACUCAAAUGCUGUGAAAACCCAGGGAUAGGUACACAGCUUACAGUGAGACAGAUUUCAUUAUGAAGCAUCCUUGAAGGAUGUAAAAUAUCAUCAUUUAUACAAAGAAUAAUAGACAGUUAAAAAUGACUUCACUGAAUGACAGCUUUAUUUACUAAACAGUGUUUUUGAAUAUUUAAUGUCGAGGAGAUUGGGUUUUCUGUUUUGAUGAGUUUAGAUGAAUUUGCAAAGAGGAGCAUUUUCCUUUAUUUUACUUGGAUGACAACUGUGUGACAAGCUUAUUUUUGUAUCUUUUUUUUUUAACUAAGAUCACUUAGUUAAACCCACCUGCGACAGAUUACUUUGUGGAGCUUUCUUUGCAGCCAGUGGUUAGCAAUGAACAACAUCUGAGAAAGGUUUCUUUAUUUAGGCCUUGCUGUUUUUUAAGGAACAUACUAGCAACUUGUCUGGUGAAAACUGAGUCAGAGUUCAAUAACAACAUCUAAUAGGGGAUAACUGUCUGAAAUUGACUGCAGAUAAAGGCAUUACAGCUUCAUGGUUAUGGAUGACAGCUGAAGCGUUCCUGGACUGCAUUAAAGCACUUAGUGUUUGCCCCCUCUGAUAUCCACUCAGAUUGUUUUCCUGAGAGCAGCCAAGGUCUGCAGAAACAUGACAGCGCUUUGUGUACUGCAUACUGAAACCUGGACACUUUGGCCUACAAAUUAUAAUGUUAGUCUGAGGUGUUGUUUGACCUGCUCUUCAGAAACUCUGAGUUUCAGGGUGCUGCAUUUACCUCUUCUCUGCGCUGACAUGUUUUUUUUUUCCUCAAACAGCUUCAGAAGUUUAUCCAGUGGUUGGAGGAGGCCGAGGAGUCUUCAGAGGAGGAAGGGGAGUAAAGAGGAGCACUUAAUGAAGGACAAAAAGGACUCAUUAAAACUACAAAUCUGUGGAAUAAAAAGGGGGAUUUUUGUUGUUCUGCCAACAGCAGCUUUCUGCCACUAACAUCCAUCAACAGUUCGGACUGACACACAUUGUAUCACAUGGUGCCACCUCAUUUUAAGGGCUGAGUGCUUUGAAUGUCAACACCUAAAUAAAGGAGAAAGAACCUUCAAAGUGUUGGUUUAGCAUCAUCCUUUUGUCUUCAGCACAAGAAAUGUCAUUCAACAGAAAAGCAUUUUAAAGUGGAUUUAAUUCAAGGCUGAAUCCAUCACAUUUGAGAGGAGACUGCACACAACAGUGAUAAAACUAUUUCGUAUCUUGCAGUUGAUUCAUUCACAACACAGCACAAUCAACACAGUGAUCCAACAGGUAGAAAAUUACCUGCUUAAUUGUAAUACAUUAAAUCUGAUUAUAAUAAAGUUUCACAUCUGUCCUAUCUGGUCAUAAUGAAUGUGGUCUAGUUUACAUAAAAUCUUUUAAUCAGAAUUUCAAGUAAAAGAUAAUGAAAAAGCAUGGUGUCUCAAAUUGAGCUAAAAUGAUUAAAAAUACACUUUAUUUGCAAAACAAAAAUAUGGUUCCCUUUACAUGGAAGUUGCAGUUUUUGUCUUUCACUGUCACAGAAGGGUUUACUUUCUCCUCUUAAGUAGAGCUAUAUGAGGUACUUGUCAAUAGUAGGUGUAUUAUCAACAGGAGAUCCAGAGAGGGGGGUGGGUCCAACCAGAGAACCAGCUGGGAGACUAAAGAUGAACAAUGACUGCAGAGGGAGGUCACUCGCUCUUUAGGUCUGUUAAUUGUUUUGUCUGCUGUCUCAUACUGCCACAGUCAAAUCACUCUUUUUGUUUUAUUUUUUAGUUUGGUUAAUCAUCAAUCUUCCCUUUUUAAGUCUGCAAAGCCAGAUAGCUGAUUAAACCUCAUUCCCACACUGACAGCAGAGGCUGCUUUAUAAAGCGCCCAUCAGUAUAAACUGACAUGCCAUGCACAUGUGGACCUGGGAUUGGACCUACAGUGCCCCAGCUGCCCCCAGAGGAUGUUGAGUUUCUUUGAGGUCUGAUAGUUUUAUGUCAAGUUUUUCACUAUAAUCUACGUUUUUUUUUUUUUUUUUAGAUGUUAGACUUAAUGAACUUAAAAAAAAAAAAUCCGCUCUCCCUCAUCACUUGAAAAUGUUUCAAUUAUUGUGCCUGGAGAGCUGAAUCCACUGAGUAUCCUUUAACAUGAGUUUUGCUUAGACAACUAGAAAAACAGGUUCACUGAUCUCAUACUUCUCAUAGCAGAAUGUACUAACAUUACAGCGUUACAUCCACAAGAACUCACCUUUUUGCAAAGGCUUUACUCAGCCAUUCACUGAGCUGGUUCUCUCAUCAUCAGAUGCAGAGACAAAACUUUGUAUUAUACUGCAUUUUUUUGUACAGUGCUUAAUCUUAAAUCUCUGCAUGAAAUGCAAUGGCCACUGAGUAACAAAACAUAAGAACUUUGGACUGAACUUAUUAGAGUUUCUUUGACUUAAAGAAUUUCAAGAAAUAACAGGAUGGUAAUUUCUUCAAUAUUAUCCGUAAUUGUUUACAUUGUUCUCAGGUCAGUUUUUUGUAGGCAAAACAACAGUAUCUUUAUAACCUCCUUUGGGCAGAGCAUAUCAAUUUCUUGAACAAAAUAGAAAUAGAAAAAAAAUCUUAAAUUUGUACUUUAAACCUGUCUUUUGAGUGUCAUUAUGUUUCAUUAGGUAGUAGAAUAAAUCACCAGUGGCAAUAUUUGGUCCUAAAAAUUUGUGAUACUGCUUUCUCAGUCAUUUAUCUUGAGUCUACUUCGAUCUAUCAUCCUGUUUUGCCACCAUACCAUAGAUAAUUUUGGCUAGAAUAGUUGCCCCAGCAAUGCCCGUCACAGCAGUCAGCGUCUUCCACAUGCUGGCUGUUCUCUCAUGUCUGUCCAUGAAACUUCUGUGGUCUGUAGGAAUCAGGAUAAACUUACGACCGUCCUGUGGGGCCUGUAGCCUCAUCACCUCACCCCCCUCCAGAACCACCUCACCAAAACCAGUCAGGAUGCUCCCUACACGGAGCAGCUCUUCGCUCUCCUCCAUCGCCCCAGGUUUCUCCCCACUGAGUCCCUGCACCACAACAUCUACCAAGCCCUCCUCAGCACGUCUCACUUUGUGGUGAACCCUCUCCAGAU